CUCCUUUGAAAGGAGAUAUUCUGGCCUCCAUGGUAACAAAGACCCGCCUCGGCUGCCAUGUCGUCCGCCUCCGUGUCAACAUCUGCUGGUUGUGUUGGUGAUGCUGCCGCUGCCAUGGCAACGGCGGGCUGUGAGCAGGCGCUGCUGGCUUCGGACCGCUACGCCAGACUCAUCCUGGCCCAGAUGAACAAGAUGCGUCACCGCGCCGACUUCUGCGACGUGGGGCUGAAGGUGGGCGGCCGGGUCUUCAGGGUCCACCGGCUGGUGCUGGCUGCCAGCAGCCAGUACUUCUCCGCCUUGUUCUCAAGUGGGAUGAGGGAGGUGGAUGAGGACGAGGUGCAGAUUAUGGGAGUGGAAACGGAAGUCUUUGAGGUUUUGCUUGACUUCAUAUACACAGGGGCGAUCAGCGUUACCGUGGAGAACGUUCAGGAGCUCAUUGUUGCAGCCGAUAUGCUGCAGCUGAAUGAAGUGGUGUCAAUCUGUGGGGAGUUUCUCAAAGGCCACAUGGACCCAUCCAACUGUGUGGGCAUAUUUCAGUUCCUGGAGCAGAUUGCCUGCGCGGAAAUGCUGGAAUAUACUGAAAACUACAUCCAUGUUCACUUCCUGGAGGUGUGCGUCACUGAUGAGUUCAGGGCCUUGUCAAAGGAUCAGCUGGUGAGGCUUCUGCGAAGUGAAGAGCUGAGGAUUGAAGAUGAGUAUCAGGUAUUCACUGCUGCUAUGGAUUGGGUUCUCCAAGAUGUGGCAAAAAGGAAGAAGCAUGUUGUGGAGGUGUUGGAAGCCGUCCGCUUCCCGCUGCUAUCCCCGCAGAGACUGUUCAAAUAUAUAGAAGGUGUUACCGACUUCAGCCUGCGGGUGGCACUGCAGACUCUGCUGAAGGAAUACACCGAGGUCACAAAGUCUCCCAAAGAAAAUAAGAUAUACAGUCAGCUCCAACCAGCAAAGAUGAGACCCAGAAGAAAAGCCAGAAAAUUCCUCUAUGCCAUAGGAGGCUACACGCGGCUGCAGGGCGGCCGGUGGAGCGACAGCAGAGCGCUGAGCUGCGUCGAGCGCUUUGACACUUUCAACCAAUACUGGACCACCGUGUCCUCCCUGCAUCAGGCCCGCAGUGGGCUGGGCGUCGCUGUCCUGGAGGGCAUGAUCUACGUGGUGGGAGGGGAGAAAGACUCCAUGAUUUUUGACUGCACUGAGAGAUACGACCCAGUUACCAAGCACUGGGCAGCGGUGGCGUCUCUAAAUUUCCCCCGCUGCGGAGUUGGCGUGUGUCCCUGCCACGGCGCUCUGUACGCACUCGGAGGCUGGAUUGGAUCCGAGAUAGGGAAGACCAUGGAGAGAUAUGACCCCGAGGAGAACAAGUGGGAGGUCAUCGGCAGCAUGGCGGUGCCCCGCUAUUACUUUGGCUGCUGUGAGCUGCAUGGAUUCAUCUAUGUGAUCGGGGGAAUCAGUGACGAGGGAAUGGAGCUGCGCUCAGCGGAGGUGUACGACCCCAUCUCCCACAGGUGGAGCGCCCUGCCCGUGAUGGUCACCCGCCGGGCCUACGUGGGCGUCGCCUGCUUGAACAACUGCAUCUAUGCUGUCGGGGGCUGGAACGAGGCACUGGGAGCACUGGAGACCGUGGAAAAGUACUGUCCAGAGGAGGAGAAAUGGGUGGAGGUGGCCCCGAUGUCCACGGCGCGCGCCGGUGUCUCUGUGUCAGCCGUCAACGGGCUGCUUUACGCAGUCGGCGGCAGGGCCUCCAGCAGGGACUUCUCGGCCCCCGUGACGGUGGACUCGGUGGAAAUCUACGACCCCCACUUGGACACGUGGACCGAGGUGGGCAACAUGAUCACCAGCCGCUGCGAUGGCGGGCUGGCGGUGCUCUGACCGCUCCC